CCCCCCCUCCCUACUACCCCCCAGCCUGGAGCCACCAUGACCAGCGUCAGAGAACAUGAGAAGCUGCUCUUCGAGAAGUUCUGGCAAGGGACCUUCAAAGCUGUCGCCAUGCCACGACCAGAGAGUGUCAUUGUGGCCAGCAUCACCGCCGGAAGGACCUUGACCAAAUCUGACACGUCUGUCUCCGUACCUCCCAAAGUCAGCGAGAGGAGCAGGGAGUCCGGGGAGACGGCAGCAGUUGCCAAACAGCACAACAGACGUGCCAAAAAGAGGGGUCGUAAGCACCGCAGCCAUCACCACAGCCAUCACCACAGCCAUCACCGCGCUCGCAGUGUAUCUUUCGAUGGUGACCUUUCCCCCCGGCCUAAGAGGAAGAAGAAGAAGAAGAAGUCAGAGCGCAAGAGGAGGCGGGAGAGGGCUCCGUCAUGUAGCCCCUCACCAGUGAGGAGGAAGAAGAAGAAGAAGAAGAAGAGCUCCAAAAAGAGAAAACAGCACAGGACUGCAUCGAAAAAAAGAAAGCAUAGCUCUUCAACCCUCAAACAUAAGAGGAGGGAAGAGAGGAAGCACAAAAAAAGGUCACGGAGCCACACACACCGGAGACGACGCCACACGAGGUCAGGAGCCCAGGGGUCCGCCUGGAAUACAUCCAAUACUGACAGCAGGCAACAUCUCCACGCAUCAGAUCCAUUCCAGCCAAAUCCAGUAGGCCUGGGGGAUGCCCGCCAUCUGGACGCUGACCAAAGAGCUUUAGACUGGGGGACAGCAGUCAAGUUAGCCAGUAAAACGCCCCCACAUUUCAGCUGCAGUGCCCCGGACAGCACCAUUUCACAGUCAAAGCCUGGUGGUGAGGUUGUACACAAACGGAGCAUCCUUGCUGAUACGCUGUCCAAUCAGAACAAAGGACCGCAGGAUUACGACUCGGGCAAUGACACAUCCUCGCCACCGUCGUCUAAAACGGGCGUCUCGAUGUCAAACGUCAGCAGGGUCAAGUCCACCCUGGGGCGUGUAGACGGGGACAGUGCGUCCGACUCGGGCAACUCGGUGACCAGCUAUGUCUCGCUGUGCAAGCCAGUCGAGAGCACGUCCACCUCCUCCCUCAGACCCGGGGGGAGCUCUGCUGUGUGUAAGACUCCUCGGAGAGAGCGACGCAGGACCAGGACCUUGAGUAGCAGCAGGUCCCGGUCCUCGACCAGCUCCCGUUAUUCAGAUUCCUCCUACUCCCGAAGUCCGUCCAGAUCGCCGGGGAGGAGGUCAUACUCCCGAUCUUCGGCUUACUCACUGGACUCCAGGGACGGGAGUGUGUGCAGUGAUAAACUCUCCAAACACUCCCCCAGCAGGGUUCGAGAGUGGAGCAAGGAUCACAGUCCUAGUGAGAAGCAGUCGAAGCAUGGCAAGAAAAGGCGUAGGAGAAAAUCCUACUCCCCCAUGCGAAAGAGGAGGAGAGAUUCACCCAGUCACCUUGAAGCUCGAAGAAUCACCAGUGCCCGGAAGAGGCCCAUUCCCUACUUCCGGCCCAGCCCCUCGUCUUGCAGUCGGGCCAGCAGCAUAUCCUCCUUGGGCAGCCUCUUCGGCAUCAUCCGCAGUGCCAGCAGGAGCCACAGUCGCAGUCGCAGUCGCAGCUGGAGUGGGAGCCGGAGUCGGAGCAGGAGCAGGAGCCGAAGUCACAGUGGCAGCUAUUCUAGUUACCGUAGCUACAGCCGCAGCUCUUCAUGGGACUCCACGUGUGGAGGUAGAAGCCGGAGCAGAACUCGGAGUCGGACCCGCAGCCGAAGCAGGAGCUACGACUCAUUAGGAAGCUACAGCAGAGGUCGUCGUUAGAACCCACGGCAGGGCAGGGCUUCAACGCUAGAACCCAUGGCAGGGGGAAGUCACUAAAAACCCCCUGCAGGUGUCCUCACUAGAACCCCGGCAGAACCUAUGGAACGUUGUUAGAAUGCUGGCGGCACUAUUACAAAGCAGACAAUUUUAGACAAUGUUUUAAGAGUUAUAUUAGGUAGAUUUUUUCAUGGUGUUGCCUACUGUCUUAUUUAUAAUUAAUUUAUUUGAUUGGUUGGUUUAUUUAUUUGCUUUUUUUAUUUAUUGACUGUGUUUUCCUGGCCAAAAGCGCAGUUGCUCAUGUAUGAAGAGAGGUUCAGAAAGACAGACAGUGAUGUUUUGCCAGAUUAAUUUCAUUCGCUGCUUCUUCUCUUUGGCAGACAUUUUUGGGAGGACGCUUCUGAGUUGCAAUUUUAUGCGUAUUGUGAAUUUUUUGUUAUGUUUAGUAUAUUUUUCUAUAACCUUCAUUUUCAGGGAUAGUGUCAGAGGCACUUGAGAAAAACCUGGGUGGGGGGGCAAAAAAAAUACUGGCAUGGUAAUGGCUCCAAUUUUAGCUUCUGACACCCAAAUCACGUAGAUGCCAGCUUUGAAAAAUGAUCAGUCUGCUGACCGUGCUGGUAAACACACACACACACACACACACACACACACACAUAAAUGCACAGAUCAAAUGUCAGACAUAUUUAUCUCCCAUGCAAGAGCACAACAAUUCAAAUGUCAUCUGAUAUGAUAAUAGCUGAUAGCCCACAAUGAACGGGGUAAAAAGAAAAAAGAAAGCAGGAAAAACAAAAACAUGUGAGCAUCACACUGAUGGAAUCGCAGUGGGAUCCAUCCCAUCUGUGCAUGACACAAUAGAUUGAUUAGGAUGCAUACUGAUGCGUGCUCCCAUGGAGAUGAAAACCCGGUGGGCUUUGCCAGAUAGCACCUGGUUCUGGAAACGAUCCAGCUAGACAUGGGCCAAAUCUGGGCCAGAAAAGAGACAGAAUUAGCGGGUUCCUGAUACGGUUCUGUGUGAGCUGGCAAUUCAGUGAGCUGGCAAUUCAGAGAGCUGUUUUAGCGCCUGUUCAUUAACAAAUUAAAUACUUCAUGUUGUCAUUAUAUAUAAACGUUCAUUAUUUACAUAUGACCAUAGAUAUGUACUCUGGGUCAUCUGCUUUGGCUUGACAAUGAUGAUAAGGCCCUGUGUUAGAUCAGUGGUUAUGGAGACCACAGAGACAGAGUUUUAAUCUGUGAAUAAUUUUUUGGACCAAUAUAUCUUGCUCUCCCGUCUACCAUAGUAGCAUAGUGAUGUACUCUUCAGUGAACCUGCACUAAUCUGGCCCUGAUCAGGUCAGAGGUCACACCCUGGGUUCUAACUUCCCAGAGUUCACCCUGGGAUCUAACCUCUAUUGAUGGGCAAUGAGCAACGGGCAAUGAGCAAAAGUGGACCAAAGCUAAUUUGAUAACGAAAUGGUGGAAUGAUUUAAUAAUAUUUAAUAUAAUCUCAUUUAAUACAAUGAGCAAGAUCCUAAAUGCAGACAUCUGUAGAUCAGAGAUUCUCCACACAAUAGCUUUAGUUCAUGCACGACAAACUUUGCUUGUUUGGUUGUCACUCUGCUUGUUUUCUGUCAAUGAAAAUAGCCUCCCUGUCUGCUAAGGUGUUCCAAAUGUCCAUGUUGUGAACUCCCAGCAAAAAGUCUCCCACACUGACAGACUAAUAAGCACUGAGUUGCAAUCAUGUCCAAUGCACAGAAAGUAGGAGAGUAUGAAUGUGGAUUUUCACACCAGUUGGCAGAUAUAAUUAUGCUUUGUGGCUGACAAGACCCAGCGCCACUGCAAGGGAAUAUACCAUGGCACUUGGGUGACAGCUCAAUAUACAAAUGACAAAAGCACUUUACAAGUUGCGUGAGCCAUUUUUUGAGAGCCUCCUCUCUAGAUUUGUGCAGGCUCUUUAUUCAGAUACAUAAACCAGGACAUCAAGUUAGGAGUAUUUUAUAUUAUUUAUUGAUUCAUUAUUAUUGAUUAUUGAUUUAUUAUUUAUUCAGCCUGCAAUUGAUCCACUAU